AUGCAGCGCGAACUUGCGCGGUGGUCUAUGAGGCCGAGCACAAGAAUACUUACAACGCGGAGAGGGAUUCGAGCUGCCGGAGCCGUUGGCGCGAAGAGAGGACUGGCGUCCAAGGGUCCAUCUUCGUCACGUGCUGUCACGAGCGGAAAGCCAGCGGUGGUAUGGCAAGUUUCCCAGCCUCUGCUUCGACGGGCGUACUCAUCACUAUCAUCAUCAUCUACAUCCGAGCCGGACGGGAAACAACCCGGCGUCUUCCACCAGAUUCAAGACAUCCCCUCAUCAUCAUCAUCAUCAUCGGGAGGCCAACAUUCUUCUUCCUCCAUUGCAACAAUCACCAUCUCGAACCCGACGAAACUCAACAUCGUCAAUACCCGCAUCCUCCAAGACCUCUGCACAGUCUGCGAGGAACUCUCGAACUACGAUGAUACCUCCUCCUCCACCUCCUCCCCCCCUCUCCGCUGCGUCAUCCUCACGGGCGCCUUACCCUCUCACGGGAAACCCCCCUCCUUCAUCGCCGGCGCCGACAUCACCGAAAUGAAACUCCUCACCUCACCCGCCGAAGCCAAAACUUUCAUCACCAAAAUCCACGCCGCGUGUACAUCCCUGCGCCGCCUACCGGUGCCCGUCAUCGGGCGCGUCGACGGCUUCUGCCUCGGCGCCGGCCUGGAAAUUCUCGCAUCUUGUGAUCUGCGAAUCGCAACGCAGCGCAGCACGUUCGGAAUGCCCGAGGUGGCAAUCGGAAUUCCGAGCGUCGUGGAAGCAGCACUAUUACCCGGCUUGAUCGGCAUGGGGCGGACGCGGCGAUUGCUGUAUCUCGCAGAGCGGAUCGACGCCAGGGAAGCGGAGAGGUGGGGGCUUGUGGAGCGGGUGGUGGAAACUACGGAAGCACUGGAUCAAGGGGUGGAGGACUGGUGGAGGCGGAUUGCGGAUAUGGGGACGGGGGCGGUGAGGCUUCAGAAGCGGUUGAUGCAGCGGUGGGAGAAUUGUCAUGUGGAUGGGGGUAUUGCGGCGGGGGUGGAGGUUUUUGCGGAGGCUUUUGAGGAUGGGGGGGAGGAGGCGAGACGGUUGAUGGGGGAGAGGUUUUUGGGGAGGAGGAGAUGA